AGUCCCCGCUUCCUCCUUAGAGGGCAGCAGCGCGGCGUCUCCGGGACGCAUGCGCCCCAACCUGCGCCCCGGGAAUUAAGAGAGGACCAAAACACAAACAAACAAAAUCAACAGAACACGCUCCCAACAGCAAACCCCGAGGGGACAAAGGCGCGCGGCCCGCAGCCCCCCUGGGCCGCGGAGGCGCCUCGGCCCUCGGCCGCGUCCCCAGCCCUGGCGUGAUGCGCACGGCCCGGCCCGCGACGCCCGGGCCGCCGCUGUCCCCGUACCUGGACGCCGGCGCGGUGGCCGCGCCCCAGCCGCGAUCGCUCGCCUCGCGCGCGCCCUCCGAGGCUCCUGGCGCCAGAGCGGGCGGCCGCUCUCCAUGGGGCUGAGGGGCUGGCUGAGGACCGUGUGCUGCUGCUGCUGCCCUAGCAAGUGCCUGGAGGAGCCCGCCCUGCUCGAGAAGGAGCCCCUGGUCAGUGGCAACAACCCGUAUUCCUCAUUUGGAGCAACUCUGGCAAGGGAUGAUGAAAAGAACUUAUGGAGUCUGCCUCAUGACGUGUCCCACACAGAGGCUGACGAUGACAGAAUCCUGUACAAUCUGAUAGUCAUUCGUAAUCAGCAGGCAAAGGACUCCGAGGAGUGGCAAAAACUCAACUAUGAUAUCUAUUCCUUGCGGCAGAUUCGAAGGGAAGUGAGAAACAGAUGGAAACACAUUUUAGAAGAUUUAGGUUUUCAAAAGGAAGCAGACUCUUUGUUGUCUGUGACCAAACUCAGCACCAUCAGUGAUUCCAAAAACACCAAGAAGGCUCGAGAGAUGUUGUUAAAACUGGCUGAAGAGACCAACAUUUUCCCAACAAAUUGGGAGCUUUCGGAAAGAUAUCUCUUUGUUGUGGACCGUCUCAUUGCUCUUGAUGCUGCAGAAGAAUUCUUUAAAAUUGCUAGUCAGACUUACCCCAGGAGGCCUGGAGUCCCCUGCCUGGCAGAUGGCCGGAAGGAACCUCACUACUGUCCAUUUCCAAGUCCCUAGAGGAGCACUCAGAGGCAGAAUGGCAGUUCUUCACUGGGAUUCAACAGCUACCCAAACUGGACAACUGUGUGUCAGAGAGUGGACAAGUACAGGGCUUGCUAAUGAAAAAAUGAUUCUGAAUUCUACAAAUAUGUGAGGCCUCCCUGAAGACCUUACCCUCUGAAAUGUUCUGGUUGCAUUGAAACACCCUGGUGACCUUUCAUUGAGAGAGAACUGGUCAGUGAGAUAGUUCAUUAUGGAUGAUUAGAUUCCAAGAGUCCAGUGCUCCAGUUUGAGUUGUGCAAUAUGCUCCAAUAAUUAAUCCUAUUUGGAGAGUUGAAUAUUUUAAUUAAUAAAAAUAAUGAAAUUAAUACAGCUAUCAUUGAACCCAAACAUAGGUUACCAAUUUUCAAAUAAUUAUGAAAUACAGACUAAUCCCCAAUAGUACUAGGUAUUAUGUGACCUCUCUUUGAUUUGGAAGAAUCUGGAGAACCUUAGAAGAUAUCUCAGGCAUCAUUUUUAGUAUCAAAUGUGAUUAUUCAGAAGUAGGUAUGUAAUAGAGAGUAGAAAUGUCUAGGAGUACUGUCCAGGAGUUUUAAAUAGUUCCCCUUCUCUUGUGGUUGAUGCAUCUCGAAUUCCCAUUGUUAUUGAUAUAUAGUUGCCUCAUUUUUGCAUACUGUCCAUUUCUGGUCCCAAAGCUCUUGACAUUUUAUCCAGGAUAACAUCUGUAAACUGCAAUGUUUCACCUCUACUUCCUUCUCAUCUUUAAUCUGUUUCCAGUUUACUGUCUGAGAGUUGCACCUGCUCAGGGAUCACUCAUGCAGACUUGGAGCUAUGCAAUCAGAGCUGCCUUGAAGGAGGUCACUGCUGAACUUGAACUUUCUUCUGUGCUGGAGAUGAUUUUCAAAAUGGAGCAGUGCUACCAAUGCGGCUUGCUUCGGUCCACACAUGGAGUCCAGCUUCACAAGUUACUUGCCGCUCAAGCAGGGAGCUUGCCAAGAUCCAUUUUACUGAAAAGACUUUAAGAACUUGUAGAAUUUAUUAGUAGAUUGCUGACAGCAAUAGAAAUAUUUUUAUUUUUACAGAUUUUGCAAUUCUGACUUCAGGUUAAAAGCUAACUUGUAUUUAGUCUGGGGGAUUGUGAGUUGAAAAUUUUCAUAUCCUGAUUAACUUUUUUUGGUAGCACACACAGUGUUUUAAAAUAUUUCCUAAAAGAGAUUGAUGUUACCCAUUUUCAUUGCAAACACUUUUUUUUGCAGAUCAAUUUAACUGUCAUAUUUCAGGAAAAUUCCACCAAGUUCAAUGAAUUAGCUGGGAAUUUUAUUUUUUAUAUUUAGUGGUUAAUCUCUGUUUAAUGUUAAGAUUAGCCUUCAGAUAUUUUGCAACAAUUCUGUAGGCUUUUGGAAGAAAAACAUCAAAAGUGAAACAAACAAUAAAAUUAUCAGAAAACCUUAGAA